AUGGGCACGGUGCUGUCGCUGUCCCCUGCCUCCUCCGCCAAAGGCCGGAGGCCCGGCGGGCUGCCCGAGGAGAAGAAGAAGGCUCCGCCCGCGGGGGACGAGGCGCUGGGGGGCUACGGGGCGCCGCCGGCGGGCAAGGGCGGCAAGGGCGAGAGUCGGCUCAAGCGGCCGUCCGUGCUCAUCUCGGCCCUCACCUGGAAGCGCCUGGUGGCCGCGUCCGCCAAGAAGAAGAAAGGCAGCAAGAAGGUGACGCCCAAGCCCGCCUCCACCGGCCCCGACCCGCUCGUCCAGCAGCGCAACCGCGAGAACCUUCUCCGCAAGGGCCGGGACGCCCCCGACGGCGGCGGCGGCGGCGGCGGUGCCAAGCCCCUGGCCGUACCGGUGCCCACGGUCCCCGCCGUCGCCGUCUGCGAACCCCCGUCGGCUGGCAGCGCUACCGCCCAGCCUCCGGGCUCCGGCGGGGGAAAGCCGCCGCCGCCGCCGCCGCCCCCAGCUCCGCAGGCGGCCCCGCCGGUGCCCGGUGGCUCUCCGCGGCGGGUCAUCGUGCAGGCGUCCACGGGCGAGCUGCUGCGCUGCCUGGGGGACUUCGUGUGCCGGCGCUGCUACCGUCUCAAGGAGCUGAGCCCCGGCGAGCUGGUGGGCUGGUUCCGCGGCGUGGACCGCUCGCUGCUGCUGCAGGGUUGGCAAGACCAGGCCUUCAUCACGCCCGCCAACCUGGUGUUCGUGUACCUGCUGUGCCGGGAGUCGCUGCGCGGGGACGAGCUGGCGUCGGCCGCCGAGCUGCAGGCCGCCUUCCUCACCUGCCUCUACCUCGCCUACUCCUACAUGGGCAACGAGAUCUCCUACCCGCUCAAGCCCUUCCUCGUGGAGCCCGACAAGGAGCGCUUCUGGCAGCGCUGCCUGCGCCUCAUCCAGCGGCUCAGCCCGCAGAUGCUGCGGCUCAACGCCGACCCCCACUUCUUCACGCAAGUCUUUCAAGACCUCAAGAACGAGGGCGAGGCCGCGGCGGGCGCCGGGGGUCCACCGAGCGGAGGCGCAUCCGCCGCCGCCACCACCGCCGCCGCCACCACCUCCUCUUCCUCCACCUCUUCCUCCUCCUCGGCCGCCAGGGACAGCUGCGCGGCCGGAGCCAAGCACUGGACUAUGAACUUGGACCGCUAGGGAUUCCCAGGGUCGUACCCGUCCCCCGUCCCAGCCCCUGACACAUACCCGGAACCCCCGGGACCAUCAAGCCACCGCAGCUAUUACCGCCGCUCCGCGCCCGCCCGGGCUGGGCCGAGGAGGAGCCUCCCCUGCCCCGCGGGGGGGAAGGUGGAGGCUAGGACACCAGAGGCCGCGGUGUCUGGAUUUGCUGGGCGUGGGGUGGCCAUAGGGGGUGACCACGGGAAGGACGCCCCCGACUUCAUUCGCCCUUCCCGUCUGUCUGUCUGUCUUGUCUGCGCCCAUUAUCUAUCUACAUUUAUGCCCCGGUCUCUUCCUUCCCUGCCGUGAGCAUCUGUAAGUCUGCCUCUCCCUGGGUUUGGUCCAUUCCCUCACCUGUGUGUUCAUCUUUCCUUCGGUCUGUAUUCCUAUCUCUGCUUUUCCAUUUGGAUCCUUACCCAUCUCCACCUUAACCCUGGCGGAGCCCGAUGAUGUACCCUGUUGCCCUGUUUCUCUUCCAAACCUGUGUCCCCAUCUUCCCUUCCUGUUCUCUUCCUUUCCUCCUGUCACGUGUCACCAUCUUUCCUCCUUUCUGCUUUCCCUCUGUGCUUGUCAUUCUGCAUUUCUUCCUCCAACUGAGACCCUCUCCCCCCUCUUCCCCAGGUCUAAGGGACCUUUAGUUUUUAAUUUGGAUGAACUGAGGUGCGACAAGAAACUGCAGCCCCAGGUGCCCAAACACCAGAAUGGUCCCUUGCCCCACCCCCAUAGCCUCUCCCCACCUUUUCCAACGUGUUGCAUGCUGGGAGUUGAGGGAGAAGGGGCUACCUCUUUCAUUCAGACGGCUGAGAUUUGGGGAUGAAAUCCAACCUGGGCACUCUGCCGGUGGUGGGGUGCCUCUGUUGGAUGGGUGAAAAGAGAGAAAACUCUUAGUGUUCUGGGGAAGGGGCGUCCUCUUCCUUAUCCUUAGACUUCCUGUUAUAUUGCCCCCCCCCCACAUGUUAAUUUAUUUUGCUGUUUCCGGAGGGAGGGGUGGGAGGGGCUGGGCCGGGAACUGUCCGAGGUGCUGAUCUGGGCGGGACCGGAAUCCUCCCGGGAGAGUACCAGGGACUGGGUUGGACCUGGGGCCUUGUCCAAGGUGCCAAUGAUGCGGGCCGUCGACGCGGGCCGCACUAUCUCUGUCUGUCCGUCUGUCCCGGAGAGAACUAUAAAGCGCUGGAGGCGCCUGCA